AUCAUCAGGAUUUCAGAAGAUGCCAUUGUCAAGUGCGGAUUCGGCGUCAGCCAAUACGAGGCCGUGAACCAACAGCGAGCAUACGAGAUCCUUGAUCCCGCUAUUAUACGAAUUCCUCGGGUCUAUCGUUUUUUUAUUAAUGGACUCGAUGGCUAUAUCAUCAUGGAAUACAUUAAUGGCCAGCCGUUAUCGUCGAUUAUGAAUCCCGAUGCUUACUUGGAACCAAUGGCGAAAGUGCUGAAACUUUUCGAACAGGUACGAAGAGACAGGCCUGGGCCUUUUCAUGAGAGUUUCGCGUUUGGUCAGCUAUGGUUGGACUACGAUCCUAUCGCUCCCGCUACUAUAUCCGACAUCGAGCAGUACUACAAUAAGAGACAGCUGAAAAAUUCAGACCAUCUCAAUCUAGUUGGAUAUCCUCUAGUCUUUUGCCAUCUCGACAUCGCACCCCGAAACAUCCUUGUGUUGGAGGAUGCUUCUCUUUGUCUUGUCGACUGGAAUUCAGCUGGGUUUUAUCCGAGACUGUUUGAACGGAUUGCAUUAGAG